AUGACCACCGACAUAGGCCCUAACCAACCCAGCGAGCAUACCAAAAAAGCUCCAUGGAACAAUCGCGUCGUGCAAAAGCGCACCACCCAACUAGCCCUCAUUCCCCCAUCUUGGCACCUUCCACCUGCCGUCCUGGAAAAUCCACCCAAAUCCGCCGUAGAUACUAUCCGUGCAAGUGGUAUACUCUCUCCCAAUGAGCUAUCAUGGACUGAGAGAACAGAUAUCCGCGACCUCGUUGAGCUCGUCAAGACCCGGCAGGUGACCAGCGAGCAACUUACAACGGCUUUCUGUAAGCGCGCUGCGAUUGCACAGCAGGUGACUAGAUGCCUUACGGAGAUUUUCUUUGAUAAAGCUUUGAAAAGGGCGAGAGAGCUUGAUGAGUACUUAGGGAGAACGGGUGAGGCUGUUGGGCCUUUGCAUGGGAUUCCGGUUUCGGUGAAAGAUCGGUUUGAUGUGGAGGGUUUGGAUACAACUGUUGGCUGGGUCGGCUUGACCAAUAAACCGGCUCAAUCUAACAGUUCGAUUGUGCAAUUGCUUGAAUCUAUGGGGGCGGUGCUAUACGUCAAGACCAAUAUUCCGCAGUCUCUGAUGAUGUCCGACUCAUACAACCAUGUCUUCGGUCAAUCCGUCAAUGCUUUCAACCAUGCAUUAAUUUCCGGCGGCAGCUCCGGUGGAGAAGGUGCGCUCGUGGGCUCCGGAGGCAGUGUGUUGGGAAUUGGCACUGAUAUUGGUGGUUCAAUCCGAGUUCCUUCUGCUCUGCAGGGCCUUUACUCCAUUUGUCCCACGACAGGCCGAGUGCCAUGGGACUGCUCCUUCUUACACCAGCACUACCUGGUCCCACCAGUUACAGGGCCAAUGGCCUCCUCUCUGGCUACGACGGAGUAUUUUAUGGAGAGCCUUCUUGCGUCUGAGCCUUGGAAUGUCGAUGCAACUGCUAUCCCCAUUCCGUGGCGAAAAGAACUCGCGGCACCUCCAGUUGGUCGCAAGCUGAGACUAGGUGUCGUAUUUGAUGAUGGUGUCGUCAAGCCGCAGCCGCCCGUUGCGAGGGCGAUGCGUGAAACAGUAGCAGCUUUAAGAGCUGCCGGUCAUGAAGUGAUUGACUGGGAUACAUCCCUCCAUAUCGCUACUACGAACCUUUGGACGAAGGGAAUCCUCGCUGACGGUGGCCAACACUGCAACGCACUCUGCAAGCUCAUUGACGAGCCCUUGAUUGAAGGAAUGAUUGUUGGUACAGAGAAAGAUCUUCUUUCAUCUGUUGAGCGAGAACAGUAUGAACAAACGAAACUCACCCUCCAAGCCACCUUCCUGAAGCAAUGGGUUAACUCAAAAGUUGACGCGCUCUUAAUGCCCGUCUUACCGUGGGUAGGCUACAAGCCCAAGACAUGGGUGAAGAGCAAGCAGUGGCUGGGUUACACGGCUAUGUGGAAUUUACUGGACUAUGCGGCAGUGACUGUUCCCGUGGCCAGGGCGGAUCGGGACCUUGAUUCUGUUCAUGAAGGUGGUGAGUGGGAAGCACAUUCUAUUAGGAAUGAGUCGGAUGCUUUCAACUUUUUGCAGUAUGAUAUUAACCUUGUGCAUGGAAUGCCUGUUUGUGUACAGAUUGUCGGUGGGCGGUUCGGCGAGGAGAAGGCAGUGGCUGUUGGGAAAGUGGUUGAUGGACUAAUGAAUCCAACUUCUUUUCAUUCCUAG